AUGCCUCAGCAGACGUCCGCGGACAGUCCCGAUAGAAUGCCGACUGCUGUGCACGAUCACGCUGACCAAGAUCACGUUGACCACGUACAUGUAGACAGCUCCAACAACCUGUCCAUGUUUGAUGGCGUGCACGACUUCCUCCUGGACGCUGCGGCUAUCGACAACGACCAGAGCAAUGAAUUCGGCACCCCCCGAGUCCCUGAUGGUUACACCACCACCACCGCCAAUUUGCCGGGUUCCAUCUUCAUCGGCCCCUCCGUGACAACCGGUUCCUCCCUAAGCUGGCGCUCGAUGACUGCAACGCCAUCCCUCUCCCAGAUACUACCACCAUCCGAGAGCAGGCCAUCCUCUUCUUCUUCUUCUUCUCUGCCGGGCCUGCAGCUCUCCGAGUUUCAACAGAAUCUUACAAGCCACUUGGCCCAGCUGCGCUCAACACCCUGGGACAUCCUCAGCACCCUACGACUGGAGAGCACCCCCUGCCUCACCUGCCACCGGCCAGCAAUAGAUCCCCUCCUGGGGGCCGCGUUUGAUCCUCUCACGAGCACGUUCCGCCACAUGGCCGAGUUUGAGCGCAUCAUCUCCCAUUUCAGGACGCGCGGAAUGAACCUGCACAUCACCAGCGGGGCUGCUGCCGCCGCCGCAGACGACCACGGGCCGCCCAUGGAGCUCUCGUACGUGCUGACGGCCGUGUCGUGCUACAUCCAGCUGGUGCUCAUCUACGACUGCAUCCUGUCCCACCUGGCCGAGCAGUGCGCCAACAAUCGCAUCGUGCGCGACUUCAUCUUGCUCUCCGCGCCGUCCCUGUCGCUGGGCGGCCAGGCUUUGCCACCGAGCAGGAACCUCCUGGGCAAGUCCCUGGUGCGGCUUCUCGAGAGCAGGAUCGGGACGAUCGAGGCUCUUCUCGGGUUGCCAGACGAGGUACGAGUGUCGAGGGGUGGGAGGAGGAGGAGGAAGGGCAGGGGGCGCAACGCGGAGGGCGCCGAGGACGAGUGUGGUGCCAGUGUCAGCGACAGGAGCGAGGGGCCAGGCCUAGUCGGCAAGUCGCUGCUGGGCGUGCUCCACGCUUCCUUGAUGACAAGGGAGUCGGACAAUGGGCGACCAGCUAUCCUGGAGAGCCUGAGGGCGCGAAUGGUGUACCUGGAGCAGCUGGCCUGA